UAUACGUAUAGGUAUACCCAGAGUGCUCUCGUGUGCGACGUGUAGGGAUGUGUAUGGGGAAAAACACGAAAAAUAAAACUGGCGGGGAGAGUGGGGCGCCGUAUAUAAAGAUCGCCCGGACGUUCCGGUGCAGGACAAUCCGUGAAAAUACGUCGUUCGCGCCGAUAUACGACCGUCUUCGCGUAUCCGUCGAACACUCGUACUUACAGUAUAGUAUUCCCGCUCCGUGUCGCAAGGUUUCACCGCCGAAACGGUCUCACGUGUCGCGCACAGUGCCAUAACACAAUAUUAUCCGCGAUCGACAUUGUUAUAUUGUGUAUCCAAUUUUUUUUUUUAUCGUUUAUAUAUAUAUAUAUAUACACAAUGUCAUCGCGGUUUGCAGUUGUUGUCGUCGUCGCUUUCGCCGCGUGCUCGUCGGCGUUGGCCCAAUCGCGGCCCGAAGCCCGCAAGAUCGCGGACACCGGUUUCGGCGACUUUCGUGUCGCCUUCAAAGUGCUCCAGGACUGUACCAAGUCGCAAGUAAGUCGCACAAACAUGACGCCAGACCACGUUUUAUAUACAUAUUAUAUCAUAUUGUAGUACAGUAGACCUGUAGUCUGAGAACUCUUCCGUCUCAUUCGGCCCGUACGUACACGAACCUAUUAUGUAGCAUUUACAGUUUUCCAUUUUACUGCAGACGAAUGCCUGUUCAGUUUCGACAGUCGUGAAAAAAAAUACGGUUCUUGUCCAUCGAUUCGUGUUAUUAUUUGUAGGUAUAGCUGGGGAGUAAAUAAACCUAUGUAAAGUGAUGUUAAAAUUUUCAACAUAAAGUCCGACAAUGAGCUCGGAGCUGUGCAAGAAUUGUGAGUCAAUGUUGAAACCUUACCGAUAAAGAAUAAAGUUUUGUUAAUUUUUUUUAAAAAAAAAAAACUAUGAACAAAAUAUGAGCGGCUAGAUUUAUAAACUUAACAAACAUUUAUUUUUAUUUUUUGAGUUUUGAAUAGACAACAAGGGAGCAAUUGCUUAUUGUCGAUUUUCCAGACACCUACUCUAACAUAAUCAAAUCUAUAGCCCAACUUGACCUGUAUACAGUAUACAUCAUACAGUAACGUGCUCUUUGCUUUUUGCUCUUCAACAGUUCGGUCCGUGUAUCAAGCAUAAGUUACUAACGGCCCUCGACCGGAUUAGCGAACAACCGGAAAUGGAAUUGUUUGAUGGCGUCCGGCUGGUCAAAGACCAGGCCCAGAACGACGCCAGGUCGGCCAGGUCCUCGGACUCCACAGCUUCCAACAGCGCCACAGCCCCUGAAGACGAAAAUGCCGCUGGUCUGGACGAGCUGGUCGUCAACCGGAUCGUUGAUUUUUUCAAAUCCCGUAGCCUACAAUUCAAGCUACUAGACAACGAACCCCGACUUAUGACCGACGGUAAGCACCCAGUUAUCCUUAUUUUUUUAUUUCCUAUACGAUGUUGGCAGUUUUAUCAUGAGCCUGUAAACAGCUAACGUGAUACGUACCUACUUGUUCAUUUCGUGAAAUGUAAAUCAUUUCUUUUACACUUUUUGACAUUUGUAAACAUUCCAUAAACCGUGGAUGCUACAAUUUGAGAUCGUGUUAUUUUUUUUCAAUAUUCGGCUAUACAUACAUCUAUAUUUGAAAUAAUAUAAGCUAUACUAUUUUCAUGUACUGAUAAAUUAAAAUAAGUUACGUUUACUAUGGCACAAUCAUUGAUCUUAGUAUAUUUUAUUGUUGAAUUUUAACGUUAAAAAAAAAAAAAAAAAAAAAUUGAACUUCCGGAAUACAAAAUCAACGAUUGCAUGCGAUAAACAUAACAUAUUUUAAGCGCAUACCGGAUAAAUAAUAUCAUACGUAUAUGAAAAAUAAACAGAAAUAAUUAUCGGAAAAAAUGUAUUAUAUACUUAUAAAUUACAAAAAUAUGCUAUAGUUGUUUUAUUGCCUAAAGUGAAUGAAAAAAAUUAAAAGGUAUUCAAUUUUAGUAUCCGUUCCGCAAUAAUUUUAAAAACUGUAUUAUAACUAAAAACAUAUUACAAAUAAAUUAUUAUUACUCGUAGUUAAAUUUUCCGUCGAUUUUAUUACUAAAUAUAAAAAAAAAAAUUUAAAUUUCCCUCAAAUUAAUAAUUCUUUUUAUUUUAUGCAUACAUUACGGGCAGGAGCCCAAUUCAGGCAUAAAAAAAUUAUGUCGAUACACGGCAAUGGAAUCCAAAAAGAAUAUUAUUAGCUAUUUGAAAUAAUUUAUAAUAACCACAGAGAAAAAGGUUCUUGAUUAUUUCGUUGAUUUUCGACGAUUAACGUAUUUAAACAUUUGAGUUUCAUUUGCCUUUUUUUUUUUUUUUGUGAUUAUCAGUUUUACUAACUUUUUAGAAUACAAAGCGUAUUAUUGAUUGCGAAAUGAUUGGGAAUCGAAGAUAUUAUGUGAAAAUAAGAAAACACAUUCUUCAACCUAUAAUAUCUAUAUUUUUCUUUAUCGUUUUCCAAUCUUCAGAAUUGUAGUGAAAUUAAAAGUAGAAGGAAAGAAGUAAAGAGAAAGACCAAAAAAGUGGUGGCUGGAUACGGUUGAGAACGUGGUGGGGACAGCCGGUUCGUGCGAGGUGGGAGAUCGGAUCAGGUGGAAGUUUAAAACGAGGGUGGCCGAUCACAGAUAUUUAUGAUAAAAGCGAAUGGGAUGAAAAAGAAAAAAACAUUUUUAACCUUGCGUUACAACAUCAUAAAUGUUCAUAAUUUAUUUCUUUUUUGUUGGUUUAUUUUUUUUUUUUUUUGUCUACGAUAUUGUUAAAACGUUCAAAAAGCUCAAAUCAGAAACAACGAACCCCCGUAAACAUCCGAUUAGUCAAUAGUCGUAGAGGGAUAAAUUCCGGAGAAAAAUGUCUAAAAUGAAAUAUGUCCGCGCCGAAAUUCGGCCAAAAUCAAAAACCUAUAAUAAUAGGUUUUUGAUUUUGGACAAUUUUACGGUGAACACAAUUUUCAUUCAUUUUCGUCAUUUCUUCGCCGGCUCGGCCAUUUCGGUAAAAUACUGUCGCGGCGAUUUAUACAUAAGAAUGAACUCGGAGAUUCAGCUCAUAAACCUGCUUUAUUCUUUGAACUAGGUAGUACUAUAGAGUAUGGGCGUAUAGCCACCCAUUAGUUCACAGAUAUCCGAGUAGAUCCAAAGACUUCUUGAACUGCGGAUUUCGCGCUACAACCGGUAAUCUGCGAUGAUUUCCGCUAAAUUGAUUUUAUCGUCUAUCGUAACUCCAUAGAGACAUAUUAUUUUCUUUAUACUUUUCCAUUGGUGCCCACGUAAUACAAAAGCAUUAUAUAUGAUGACGACGCCACACACGGUUAAUAUGAGUACACAUAUACCUGUAUUAUCAUCAGAUAUUUAUAUAUAUAUUUUUUUUUUAUGAAAUCUCGAAGAUGACUGGCCGAAAAAUCCGCUAAAAAUAUAAUGGCGGCGUUUUUUUGAUCACGUUUUACUUGCUAAACGGCUGAGCCGGACGUGUUUCGUCCGAUUGAUUUACGUAAGCCGACUAUUGCGGUGGAUUCGUGUUUUUUUUCUCCUUGUUCAUUUUUGUCGGUCUGAAAAUCCACAGGCGGCAUCUUAUUGUUAUAAUAUUAACGUUAUCAAUACGCUGCCGCUGACACAUACGCAUAUAAUGUUAUUAUAUUUAGUAAUAUACAACACAGAUAUACAUAGACACAACUAUAUGGGUGCUAGGGGAUCUUAAGCAUCUCCAAGUUUAAAAUUAGUACCUCUUUCCCCACCCCCAAAAAAAAAAAAAUAUCCAUUUAGCUUUUUUAUAGUAUCGACUAGAUAUUUUAUCCGAGCACUUAUUAUAAUUAAUGAGUAGACCAAAAUACAGACAACGCGUGUGUGUAUAAAAAAUAAAGUUAACAUUUUAAAUGAAUUGAGUAGUUAUUUAUUGUAAGUGUCGUGUAAAGGGGAUCGCGGGAGCAUUGCCUUCAUGUCCCACGGGUCUGUAGUGUCUAUAAUUUUAGAACCCCCAAAGUCGGUGGUCUAGUUGUGCUUAUGCAUCGAUUCGUAUAUUAUGAUUAAUAAUUUAUACGCACAAUUACCGCGUGACAUCGAUAACACGAUAUUAUCCGAACGCAAGCUGAGCUGAUGUUUUCUUAGUCGAUACCUAUGAUUGUGUUUAUUUUUUAAGUUUUUUUUUUUUUUUUUUACAUAUUAUUUAAACGGUUAUACAAACGCAUAAAUACUCGUAUAUUUAUGUUUUCAUUUAUUUAUUAUAAUUUAAAAGGGCGUAAGCCCAAUUACAAUGAUUGUAAAAAACAGAACAUAAAAUGCCGGGUCCACACUGAAACGACAAAAUUAAAACAAAACUCGUGUUUUUACUCGAUAAAAUUUGAAACAAAAUCAUGCUCCGAGUAGCGUCGGUAAACAUCAGAAGGUUUGUGUUUUGUUUUUGUUUCGGCAAACAUUGUCGAACGAAUGUGGGCAGUAUUUUAAAAAUAACCAAAAAAUUAGAUAUUGUUUCGGGAUUUCAUGAGUAGUGCGGAUAACACGAUAUUUAGUAUAGUAGUGCGUGUGCAGUCGAGUAGCGCAUUCCAAUAAUUUUCAAGUUUCAAUAAUUUUAUAAUUUUCAUAUAAAUGAACACGAAAAAAAAAAUGGAGUAUAGAAAAGACACAUGCAAGCUAUACACAUACAUACAGAGUAAUACCGAAAAUCGCCCAUAUUUUAUUAUAUUUUAAUUUAUGUCUGAACGGCUCAAACGUCAGUGACUGAUUAAAUAUCUGAACCUUGAAAAUUAGUUUUACGAUUUCGAAACAAAUUUUUUCGGUAUGUGUGGACAAGAGGAAAAAAAACAAAACACAAACAAAAUGUUUCAAUUUUGUUCAUAUUUUGUUUAAUUUAUAAUCAACUUAGUAUGGACAGUAUGUUUUGCUUUUGUCUAACUGGUUUCCGUUUUAUAAUUGCAAGUUGAACAGAUUAAAGUAGAUUGUUUUCCCGUGAAAUCAAAAACAUUUCAAGUGUAAACCCACCCCACCCAUGAAUAGAAAUUGAAUUUUAAAAAUUCGGCUUCGAGUUGUUUUCGGAUUCCUGUUUGUCCGCCUAAUAUGUUCAACUUGUCACGCUUUUCUAUGUACUAUAAACAUUUUCCAGUACGAAACCGCUGUACGCGUUUUAAUUGUUGGCUACGUGGACGCGCCAGGAAGGGACAAGACGGCGUAAUUGGCCAAGGCCGGGUUAUUUGAUUUUGCACCCUCUGGAAAAGUAUUUGCGAACGUACGAAUACAAUACCGCAGGUCGAAAAGUCCGCAUUUCUAAAAGAACAGGACGCGGAAUUUUUCGAAAAAUGUAACUAUAAAAGCGGCCAUGACUCGGCUCAUCAGGCACAAAUCAUAAUCGUCGAGAUUUAAUUAUCUUUUUGGGCAGACGUCGUUGUAAAGACACGUUUUCCGUACAACGCAUGAUCCCAAAGUCAUCUCCACCUACACGCGCGCGUGCCACGAUGACGCACCGAUAAUAUUUUUAACAUUAUAAAUAUCAUUGUAAUUUUAUUGUCGUUUUAACCGAUACGCGUCGCUAUAUACUAUCUUCUCAUCAUAAACCAUUUCCAAUUGUAUUCGUCCGGGAACCUUUCUCUUCCGCGUGCGUUCGAGGAGACAACAAUAUUUUCUUUAGUUAAUUGUUUCCGGGACGCUCCGUGCGCGGAAAAAGAAAACGAUAAUAUUAUCUGUAAUCGUAUUACUCUAUGAGUAUAUUAAUAUAAUAAACACGGGUGUCUGUGACUGUAAUUAUCGACAUGCGAUAACAAAAUACCGGACGAAUAUCCGCCGGUUAGGUUAGGUUAACGACCGACAAAAUGGUGAACGGAUACACCGAAAGAAGGAUAAAUGAUGCGAUAGUCGAUUGGAUAAUUAAUGAAUCAUUUUUUUACGGAAUUCGGAAAAAAGUUUGACCAAAUAUAAACUGUAUGGCUAUAGAUGUAAUUCGUGGUAAUGUUAGUUCUUUAUGUGGAGUAAAUGAAGAAAAUAUGGUCAUAAAGACCGAUACAAAAAAAAAUUAGCCAAUACUUAGGCGAAGAGGAAAAAGAAAAAUCCUAUACCACUGUACACAUAAUGUCGAUCUCCCGAAAAAUAAAUGUCUUUAUGUCCAUCGAAUGGAACUUUCUAUACAGUUAUACAUCUUUUAGUUCGCACGCAAACGAUUUGCUCCUAUCAAUCUUUUGCCAAAGGAUGAAUUUUAAAUUUGAGGAAUUUGCCUUGGAGUACAACCACACAUGCAAUUUCCAACCAUUUCAUCAAACAUCAAAAGUAAUCGUUUUUGCGCGCAAGAAAUAUUUUUCUAUUUUUCCUCGGGCAGUUUAGAGUUUUAAAAUUUAAAAAAAAAAAAAAAAAAAAAUGUUUUAACAAACGAUUGACUUUAAAUGACUCAUAGAGUUAUUUCGGUGCCAAAAAAAAUACAAAUAUUAUUUUUAAUUGAAUCGACAAUCUAUACACUGCCGUGAUACUGCAGAAAUGAAAAAAAAAAUGUUACCGAAAUUGCAAAUAUUAUUUUUAACAUUGUUUGUUGUUUUUAUAUGGGUUUUUUCGUAGGUCGGAAAAAAGGCAACAAGUACAACUCGCUGCUCAUGUAUCCGUUCAUGAUGGGCGGCAUGACCAUACCGCUGGCGUUCGGCGUGCUGGCCCUGUUGGCCGGCAAGGCACUCAUCAUCGCCAAACUGGCACUGGCCCUGUCCGCCAUCGUGGGCCUCAAGAAGCUGUUCGGUGACGGUGGCAGCAGCCACGAGUACGUGAGCCACGGAGGCGGCGGCGGUCACUACCGCAGGAGUCUGCCGGGCGAACCGGUGGCCGCGUCCAACAUGGCGUACAGCUCAUACAUGCCCGUCUACGAAGAGCCCAUCCGGAGCACCACGACCAACGCGAUCCCUCUGUAGACGCGGUUUAACACGAUUAUUAUUAUUUAUAUUAUUAUUAUUUUUAUUUUAUUAUUUAUUUUGACACGAAUAAACUCGUUUCCACCGUAUACAAAUUAAUAUUUGUCUUUACAUCAAAGUAACUUAAGAAAAACCGUUUUUUUUUUUUUCAUUAUUAUUUAAGCGGGACAUGUUUUCGCGUCAUGAGUAGGCCACUUUUGUAAGUAAGAUUGUAUAGGACAAUUCAAAUUAAAUGCAACGAUUAAUCGUUAAAAACGGAAAAUGAUUCUUAGCGGAGUAGAAUUAGGCGUGUUUGUUUUUCUUGUUGCCGAGAUAGCCGAGAAAUAAACAAAAAAAGAACCUAGUGAAUGACGUGUUGAAAAUGUCGAUACAUUUUUCGAAUCAAGUACAGCGAUUCUUAUCAUUUACAAAUUCGUAC